GGUGCUUUGCUCCUCACCUGUCUGAGCUCAGGCUGCUUUUCUCCCCCCAGGUGAACACCCUGUCCCAGCAGCUGAGCGCCGAGUUCACGGAGGUCAUGAACGAGAUCUGGGCCAACGAGGCCGUGAGGAGCGCCGUGCUCAUCUCCUCCAAGCCGGGCUGCUUCAUCGCCGGGGCAGAUCUCAACAUGCUGGAAGCCUGCAAGACCGCUCAGGAAGUGACUCAGCUCUCUCAGGACGGACAGAAGAUGCUGGAAAAAAUCGAGCAUUCUCCAAAGCCUGUCGUUGCUGCCAUCAGUGGCAGCUGCCUGGGAGGAGGCCUGGAGGUCGCCAUCGCCUGUCACUACAGAGUGGCAACAAAGGACAAGAAAACGGUCUUGGCCACUCCUGAGGUGCUGCUGGGCCUGCUGCCCGGAGCAGGGGGCACCCAGAGGCUACCAAAGAUGGUGGGACUCCCCGCUGCCUUCGACAUGAUGCUGACCGGGAGGAACAUCCGCGCCGACAGAGCCAAGAAGAUGGGGCUGGUGGACCAGGUGGUGGAACCCCUAGGGCCGGGUGUGAAGACUCCGGAGGUGCGGACGAUGGAAUACCUGGAGGAGGUGGCCAUUGGCUUUGCCAGGGGCCUGGCCAACAAGACUGUGUCUGCCAAAAGGUCCAAGGGGCUGAUGCAGAAGCUCACAGACUAUGCCAUGGCCCUGCCCUUCGUCAGGCAGCAGGUUUACAAGACGGUGGAGAGCAAAGUUCAGAAGCAAACCAAAGGGCUCUACCCCGCUCCCCUGAAGAUCAUCGAGGUUGUGAAGACGGGUCUGGAUCAGGGCCGUGACGCCGGAUACCUCAUGGAAUCCCAGAACUUUGGCCAACUUGCACUGACCAAGGAAUCCAAGGCGCUGAUGGGGCUCUACCACGGGCAGGUGCACUGCAAGAAGAACAAGUUUGGGGCCCCUCAGCGAGAGGUCAAGACCCUGGCUGUGCUGGGAGCAGGGCUCAUGGGGGCCGGGAUCGCCCAGGUCUCCGUGGAUAAGGGCAUGAAGACCAUUCUGAAGGACACGACACAGAAGGGCCUGGACAGGGGCCAGCAGCAGGUCUACAAGGGGCUCAGCAGCAAGGUCAAGAAGAAGAGCCUGACAUCGUUUGAGAGGGACUCCAUCCUCAGCAACCUGCUGGGCCAGCUGGACUACAAGGGCUUUGAGAAGGCAGACAUGGUCAUCGAGGCCGUGUUCGAGGACAUCAACGUCAAGCACAAAGUGCUGAAGGAGGUGGAGGCCGUGAUCCCUCCUCACUGCAUCUUUGCCAGCAACACCUCUGCCCUGCCCAUCAGCCAGAUUGCUGCUGCCAGCAAGAGGCCUGAGAAGGUCAUUGGGAUGCACUACUUCUCCCCGGUGGAUAAGAUGCAGCUGCUGGAAAUCAUCACCACAGACAAAACCUCCCAGGACACGGCGGCUUCCGCCGUUGCUGUUGGCCUCAAACAGGGCAAAGUCGUCAUCGUGGUGAAGGAUGGGCCUGGAUUCUACACCACCAGGUGCCUGGGGCCGAUGCUGUCGGAGGUGGUCCGAGUCCUCCAGGAGGGCAUUGACCCAAAGAAGGUAGAUGCCAUCUCCACAGCCUUCGGGUUCCCGGUGGGAGCCGCCACGCUGAUCGACGAGGUGGGCGUGGACGUGGCCACGCAUGUGGCCGAGGACCUGGGCAAGGCCUUUGGGGAGCGCUUCGGGGGAGGCAGCAUCGACCUCUUCAAGCUCAUGGUGCAGAAGGGCUUCUUAGGUCGCAAGGCAGGGAAAGGCUUUUAUGUUUACCAGGAGGGAGUGAAGAACAGGAGUGUGAAUUCCGGCAUGGAUGAGAUCCUGGCACAGUUCAAGGUGCCGGCGAAUCCUGAUGUCUGCUCGGAAGAGGACAUCCAGCUGCGCCUGGUGACGCGCUUCGUGAACGAGGCGGCGCUGUGCCUGCAGGAGGGCAUCCUCAGCAACCCCAUCGAGGGAGACAUCGGCGCCGUCUUCGGCCUGGGCUUCCCACCCUGCCUGGGAGGUCCCUUCAGGUUCGCCGACUCCUAUGGAGCCCGGCAGCUGGUGGACAAGCUGCGCAAGUACGAGGCCGUCUAUGGCAGCCAGUUCACGCCGUGCCAGCUGCUGCUGGACCACGCCAACAACCCCAGCAAGAAAUUCCACCAGUGAGGGACCCGGUGACGCGCCCACAGCUCCCCGGGGCUGCGCGGCGUUCCGGGACACCCCAUUGUGUUCCGGGACACCCCAUUGUCCGUAGGUUAAUCUCCAAAGCCCCGGGGGAGGAAGGGGAGGAGGGAGGGGGGCACCGGGCUGCCUCAUGGCUUGUAGUCAUUUCAAGUGCCUUAUCAGCCACUGUGUGUUGGGCACCUCCGUCCCGUGCCAGCCUGGGCCAGCCUCUCCGUGCUGGGGAGGGGAUUUCUGCUGCCUUCGCCUCCAUGCUGCGGCCUCCAGGGCUCCCAGUCUGGCCAGUAGCAUCCAGCACGUGGCUGGAGCCGAGGCCUUGCCUUUCCAUAAACAUCUACCAAAAUAAAGCCCCGUCUCCUGGGUUUGGACUCCA